GGGCGACACGGGAGCUCUGCCCCCGAGCGGCCGCCCCAGGCCGGUGCCGGCCGAGUCCCUGGCCAGCGAGAGCGAGCCUGACUCGCGCAGCCGCCGGCCGCGUCCCUGGCCGGCCGGAGCGGGCCUCACUUGCGCAGCCGCCGGCCUCGUUCCAAGGCGCCCGCAGGGUUCCGCGAGCCGAGGCGGGCCGACAGGAGCCGGCCAAUCGCGAGCACGGAGCCGGCCUGGGGGCGGGGCGGUGCCCACUCAGCCAGUCAGGGGUGGGGGCGGAGCCAGACCCCGCGGGCGGACGCUAGGAGUGGAGGACCGAGGACAGAAGGACUGGUGGACCGGAGUAGCGGCCGGCUGGGAGGGCGCUUGGCGGCGGCCUGUGGCCAUGGUCACCGUAAUGGCAGCGACGGCGGCGGAGCGGGCCGUGCUGGAGGAGGAGUUCCGCUGGUUGCUGCACGACGAGGUGCAUGCUGUGCUGAAGCAGCUGCAGGACAUUCUCAAGGAGGCCUCUCUGCGCUUCACUCUGACGGGCUCGGGCACUGAAGGGCCCGCCAAGCAAGAGAACUUCAUCCUAGGCAGCUGUGGCACAGACCAGGUGAAGGGGGUGCUGACUCUGCAGGGGGAUGCCCUCAGCCAGGCGGACGUGAACUUGAAAAUGCCCCGGAACAACCAGCUGCUGCACUUCGCCUUCCGAGAGGACAAGCAGUGGAAGCUGCAGCAGAUCCAGGACGCCAGAAACCAUGUGAGCCAAGCCAUUUACCUGCUUACCAGCCGGGACGAGAGCUACCAGUUCAAGACGGGCGCUGAGGUCCUCAAGCUGAUGGAUGCAGUGAUGCUGCAGCUGACCAGAGCCCGAAACCGCCUCACCACCCCCGCCACCCUCACCCUCCCUGAGAUCGCCGCCAGCGGCCUCACGCGGAUGUUCGCCCCCGCCCUGCCCUCCGACCUGCUGGUCAAUGUCUACAUCAACCUCAACAAGCUCUGCCUCACGGUGUACCAGCUGCAUGCCCUGCAGCCCAACUCCACCAAGAACUUCCGCCCAGCCGGAGGCGCGGUGCUGCACAGCCCUGGGGCCAUGUUCGAGUGGGGCUCUCAGCGCCUGGAGGUGAGCCACGUGCACAAGGUGGAGUGCGUGAUCCCCUGGCUCAACGAUGCCCUGGUUUACUUCACCGUCUCCUUGCAGCUCUGCCAGCAGCUUAAGGACAAGAUCUCCGUGUUCUCCAGCUACUGGAGCUACAGACCCUUCUGAUCACAGCACCCAGGAGCUUGUCUCCAGGAAGGCGGCCCAUCCCCUCACACCCACCCCAGAGCACCAGCCAGCACCAAUGCCAGCCUGCUGUUUAUCUCUCUGUCCUACCCCUCCCCUGCCUAACACAUUUGCACUGCUGGGAAUGGACACUGGAAGCACGAGGAGGAAGGGAGGCUAGUCUGGUAGGGUAGUGGGGAGGUCCGGAAGGCGGGGCCGAGGGCGUCCCACAUUCCCAACCCCGCCCUUCUGGUUACCAUGGGAAUCUUUGGACUCAGGACAGGGCCAGGCCCAGGGCUCUCCUUCCUCUCCCCUUCGCUGUCCCCUCCCCCUGGAGGGUGGGGGGUGGCACUGAGCUAUGAGUCCCAGGGGACAGUCAGGAACGGCACAGACAAAGCCACCCCAGGAGUGAGUGUAGUGCUGGUUACUGUGUUCCAUAGCCCCGAUCCAGGGCCCUCUAAGAAAUAAAGAUCAUCAGAUUCUGACUGGA